CUUGUGAGAGGCUACGAGCGUUUCCUGUCAGCCCUGCUGUCCCCCUUAUCUCCCCGCCUCCACUGCUGGAGAACCAGUCGGUCGCAGCGCUGGAGAGCCGGCUGUAGUGAAUACUGGUGGAGGGUGCAGUUGUCGUGCGGGAAGGGACUGACUUAGGGCGGAGGAUUUCAAGAAAGGAACGCGGGGCCGGGGGUGGGGGGCUGUCUUUACUAUCCAGACGCACGGAGGCUCGCGCAGAACAUGGCGGAGCAAAACACGGUCGCCGACAGCAAGCACAAGGCUACUCCCGGUGCCGGGGCCCCGGUCUCAGGCAGCGGAGGCCUGUCCGGCGGGCUGACGCAGCCGGCGGCAUGGCAGUCCCUGCUGUCGUUCACCAUUCUCUUCCUAGCCUGGCUGGCUGGCUUCAGCUCCCGACUCUUCGCGGUGAUCCGCUUUGAAAGCAUCAUCCACGAGUUCGACCCUUGGUUCAACUACAGGUCAACGCAUUACCUCACAACGAACGGCUUCUAUGAGUUCCUCAACUGGUUCGAUGAGAGAGCGUGGUACCCCCUGGGCAGGAUCGUUGGUGGGACUGUAUACCCAGGUCUGAUGGUGACUGCUGGCCUCAUCCACUACGUGCUGAACCUCCUACACGUGACGGUGCACAUCCGCGACGUCUGCGUCUUCCUGGCGCCCAUCUUCAGCGGCCUGACAGCCAUCUCCACCUUCCUGCUGACGCGGGAGCUCUGGAACCAGGGGGCGGGGCUACUGGCUGCCUGCUUCAUCGCCAUCGUGCCUGGCUACAUCUCUCGCUCCGUCGCCGGCUCCUUCGACAAUGAGGGCAUUGCCAUCUUUGCCCUGCAGUUCACCUACUACCUUUGGGUGAAAUCAGUUAAAACUGGUUCUGUGUGCUGGACCAUAGGCUGCUGUCUCUCCUACUUCUACAUGGUGUCCGCGUGGGGGGGCUACGUCUUCAUCAUCAACCUGAUCCCGCUCCACGUCUUCGUACUACUGCUAAUGCAGCGCUUCAGCAGGAGAGUCUACAUCGCAUAUAGCACCUUCUACAUCGUGGGCCUGGUCCUCUCCAUGCAGAUCCCCUUUGUGGGCUUCCAGCCAAUCAGAACCAGCGAGCACAUGGCGGCUGCAGGUGUGUUUGCGCUGCUCCAGGCCUACGCCUUCCUGCAGUACCUGAAGGACCGGCUCACCAGGCAGGAGUUUCAGACCCUCUUCUUCCUGGGGGUGUCGCUGGCAGCUGGCGCGGUCUUCCUCACAGUCAUAUACCUGACCUACACUGGCUACAUCGCCCCGUGGAGCGGACGCUUCUACUCACUAUGGGACACGGGGUACGCUAAGAUCCACAUUCCCAUCAUCGCGUCUGUGUCAGAGCACCAGCCCACCACCUGGGUCUCCUUCUUCUUCGACCUACACAUCCUGGUGUGCACCUUCCCCGCUGGACUCUGGUUCUGCAUCAAGAACAUCAAUGACGAGCGCGUCUUUGUGGCCCUAUACGCCAUCAGCGCCGUGUACUUCGCCGGCGUCAUGGUGCGGCUCAUGCUGACACUGACGCCAGUGGUGUGCAUGCUGUCGGCCAUCGCCUUCUCCAGCGUCUUCGAGCACUACCUGGGCGACGACCAGAAGCGGGAGAGCCCACCAGCCGAAGACAGCAGCGACGAGGACGACAAGCGGAGCUCGGGGAAUCUUUACGAUAAGGCGGGCAAGGUGCGUAAGCACGUGUCAGAGCAGGAGAAGGCCGAGGAGGGCCUGGGCCCCAACAUCAAGAGCAUCGUGACCAUGCUGAUGCUGAUGCUGCUCAUGAUGUUUGCUGUGCACUGCACCUGGGUCACCAGCAACGCCUACUCCAGCCCCAGCGUGGUGCUGGCCUCCUACAACAACGACGGCACACGUAACAUCCUGGACGACUUCCGCGAGGCGUACUACUGGCUGCGGCAGAACACGGACGAGCGUGCACGAGUCAUGUCCUGGUGGGAUUAUGGGUACCAGAUCGCCGGCAUGGCGAACCGCACCACGCUGGUGGACAACAACACGUGGAACAACAGCCACAUUGCGCUGGUGGGUAAGGCCAUGUCGUCCAAUGAGAGCGCCGCCUACGAGAUCAUGCAGAGCCUGGAUGUGGAUUACGUGCUGAUCAUCUUCGGGGGCGUGAUUGGCUACUCUGGGGAUGACAUCAACAAGUUCCUGUGGAUGGUCAGGAUAGCAGAGGGCGAGCAUCCCAAGGAUAUCCGGGAAACGGACUACUUCACCCCCCAGGGAGAGUUCCGCGUGGACAAGGCCGGCUCCCCGACUCUGCUCAACUGUCUGAUGUACAAGAUGUCCUACUAUCGCUUUGGUGAGAUGCAGCUGGAUUUCCGGACGCCCCCGGGGUUCGACCGCACACGCAACGCUGAGAUCGGGAACAAGGACAUCCGCUUCGAGCACCUGGAAGAAGCCUUCACCUCAGAGCACUGGCUCGUCCGCAUCUACAAAGUGAAGAAGCCGGAGAAUCGGCAGCCGCUGGGCCACAAGCCGCGCAUCACCAACAUCGUGCCCAAGCAGAAGUACACCUCAAAGAAGGUUGCUAAGAGGAAGCGUGGCUACGUGAGGAAUAAGCUGGUCCUGAAGAAGGGCAGGAGAGCGGUGAGGAAGGCCCUGUAAUUAUCACUCAGAUUUCAUUUUAAAAAAUAAAGCAAAAAGGAAAAAAAAAAAAACUUAAGAAGAGCAGGAUGUUUGGGCUGUGAAGGCCCUGAAGCCGAAGGCGAGCGUCUUCUCCCCCGGAAGGAAUCUCUAUGCGGCACAGACAUGCCAGCUCGCAGUCACCUGAUACCUUCAUGGAGGGGGGCAAGGAGGACUGGGGCGGGGCUGUUUCGUUCCUGACACGUGUACAGACCAUAAUAUACGGUAUGGAGGAACAUUUGUGUUGGAGGAACUGUAAAACUUAAAAGAUUAAAAAACCCUACAUGUAAAUAUGUUAUAUAAAGACUGUCUGAAAGAGGUCGUACAAAAUAUUGGCUUGUUGAUUUUUUUUUUUUUUUUUAAACAAUGAAUGCUAUGAUUCCUAGUGUGGAUGAUUUGAAGACACUGAAUAUAGAAGAUUGAAUUGUUAAUGAAAACCAACAAAAACCUGAUUGAAUAUCCUGCAGUUUGAUUUGAAACCACAUUUACGGAUCAGUCGUGGGGGGAGGAAUUACUGAUUAUCAAUGGCAAUCUGUGUUUUCAAGCCGCCACUGUUGGAUGCUGUUUGUUACACUAGUCUUUCACCAGUAGGGGACGAGGUCUAAUCCCCCAACCAGUUCCCUCAUUGGUUAGUGUGCAUGCAGUGUCCCUCCCACUUUUUUUUUGAUAUGCCAAAUUAACACCCUGUAACAGCACAAGAUCUUGAGAUGAUUUCAGUCACAUAAACAGUUCAAUUAGUCUUUGGCUCUUCCUGUUUUGCUUUUUUUAAAAUAUAUAUUAUCCCACCUAGCUGGGGGGGGUGUUCCAGGAAGCAGGAUUUCUCAGUUAGCUGGGUUAACUUAAACUGGAGUCAUGAUCAUCCAAUGAGAGUUUAAGUAAGGAGCAUUCCUAUUGGAUGAUCAUGACUUCUAGCUUAAGCUAACCCAGUUAAGUGAGAAAUCCUACUUCGUGGAACACACUCCCUCUGGUCGUCUCUCUGCUGCUCUUAUCACUGGUUUUGGUUUACGUGGGACAACAGGAGACUGCCCACCUUCAUAUUGAUGCCAAAGGGCCACACUUCCCAAAAGCAGUAAAUGUUUAUGCAAAAACACUGAAGCAGACAGCAGUGACAUCGUCUGGUGGACAUGCAGCUGAAAUGUAGUUUAGAAUCUCUGGGUCUGUCCUGUUUGAGUAACAUGGCUGGAAGAUGACAGACUGCCUUAGUGAAUAAAAUCUUCAUGUUCUCUCUGCCUUAUUAAUGUGCUGCAGGACCUUCUUUCCAGUAUGAUUUGAUGCUCCCGAGGGCGGGGCUCAUUAAACCUCACCCCCAGCAUUUUCUGGGAGAGUUUACUUCAUGGUCCCCCACCAUUACAGUUUUCUACGCUGUAGCCCUGAGGUCAAAGUUCACUUCCAACAUAAUAAAAACAAUGUAAAUUGUUGCUGUCA